AUGGCUCAGAGAGGGAAGCCCAUCAGCCUGACGUACCGCUGCCCUUGCAGGUAUUUUGAGAGCCACGUCUCCAAGUCCCAGAUCAAGCACCUGAAGAUCCUGACCGUCCCUGGAUGCCCCCUUCAGGUCAUCGCAAGACUGAAAAACAGCAGCAAGCAGAUCUGCAUCGACUCCAAGUUAAAGUGGAUCCAGGAGUACCUGGAGAAAUACUUUCAAAAGAGAGUCAAGCUGUAAGCGAGGAGCAGCGCGGCCUGCCUGCGGGAUGCUUCUCCGUAGGAGCCGGAUCCCUCCGUCCCCCACGUAGGAAAUGGCUCCGUACGCAGCACCCUCUUCCAGGCACCAGCA